AAGAAGUUACUAGGUGACUGUGUCUCUUGGCUGGUCCUUUUGACUGGAGCUGCUCAGCUCCUAUUAGUGUGUGGAGAGGGUUCACCUGCUGGAAUGUACCUGUCUUUGGGGUCCACCACCUUCAUUAUGAAUAACACUGAGAUCCUCAUCACUAGCAUUGGAGAUGAUAAUGACAUUGAUCUUAAUCCCCCUCUCAUCUGUCACACUGACCUAAUGACUUGUUGUACACCCAGUGAGACAAUGAUGACAAGAGGAAUUGGAGAUUGGCGCUAUCCAAAUGGGACUCGUGUUCCUGGUGGAUCAGGAUCUAAAUCAGCAUCUCGUCCGUAUGUGUCAUUGAGAAAUGUUCAUUCCAUUGAACUGGCUCGUAGAGACGAUUUUACUCCCCCUCCAUUGGAUCCAACUGGUUCUUAUUGCUGUAUUAUACCAACUAAUGGAGAAAAUAUGACCUUCUGUGCAAAACUGGUUGUGUGCCUGUCUCUCCCUCCCCUGACCAAUGGAAUAGUCUCAUACAACGACUCAAUACUGGGUCUGGACACUGUGGCCACACACUCCUGUGACACUGGCUACACUCUCAAUGGAGGCAGCACCAGGACUUGUGGGAGUAAUGGAAUGUGGAGUGGUGUUGAUGCAACUUGUGAAGUGGUUUGUCCUGUACUCGCUCUGGAGAAUGGAGAUAUUAUGUACACUGAUGACAGCAGACGAGUUGGUACUGACGUUACUUACAGCUGCAUUGUGGGAUACCGUCUUGCGAGAGAACCAGAGAUAACUUGUCAGUUGAGUGAUAAUAACAUGGCAACUUGGAGUGAAUCAUUACCAAUGUGCAAAGCAAUCACCUGCUCUGCUGUCCCUGCCAUUGAGAAUGGAACGGUCAUCUACUCCAGUGGCACAACUUCCCCUUAUGACUAUGGAACAACAGCUACGUAUAAGUGUGACACUGGGUAUGAGAUAACGAGUGGAGACAGUGAGAGGACCUGCACUGGUGUUGUUGAUGAUGGUCCAAUGGUAGAGUGGAAUGAAACUGUGGCAGUUUGUUCAGACAUUGAUGAAUGCUCUGGCACUGCUCAUGGCUGUGAUCAUACCUGCACCAACACUCCUGGAUCAUAUACCUGUGACUGCAACUCAGGAUACCAACUUGCUGCUGAUGGAAAAGGAUGUAAUGAUAUUGAUGAGUGUACUGGACCCAACAUCUGCCAGCAGCAAGCGUGUACCAACACUGAGGGAUCGUUCAUCUGUGGAUGUGAGGCGCUGGACAGUGACAGAACAUCAUGUUCUGCCUUCUGUGAUGACAUCACCCUCACCAAUGGAAUGGUGAUCUAUGACCCAACCUCUUCUCCAAGACUGGAAGGAACUACAGCCACUCACAACUGUAAUAGUAGUUAUGUUCUCUCUGGUGGAUCUCAGAGAAUAUGUCAGUCGGACAAAACGUGGAGUGGAGAAAUUGUUACAUGCAAUGCCACCAUAUGCCCACCUCUUGCUGACUCUCCCUAUGGCAUGAUAUUGUACUCUCCAAACACUUCCCCAUACUUAUUUGGGUCACAAGCAACAUACACUGUUACAUGCCCUCCUGGACAGGAGAGGAGAGGAGGAAAUGAUGUGAGGAUUUGCUCGGGUGAUGGACAUAGUACCAUUGGGGUGUGGACUGGAACUGCUCCCGUCUGUGCAGGUGAUAUUGAUGAGUGUACUGGACCCAACAUCUGCCAGCAAGUGUGUACCAACACUGAGGGAUCGUUCACCUGUGGAUGUGAGGCAGGAUAUGUGUUGGACAGUGACAGAGCAUCAUGUUCUGCAAUCACCUGCUCUGCUCUUUCUCUUAUUGAGAAAGGGGUGAUUGUCUACUCCAGUAACACAGCUGAGCCUUAUGACUAUGGAACAACAGCUGUUUAUGAAUGUGACAUUGGGUAUGAAGUAACCAGUGGAGACAGUGAGAGGACCUGUACUGAAUCUGCUUUAACUUUAGAAGGAAUUUGGAAUGGAACCAUAUCUACCUGUUCAGCUAUUUCUUGUGGCUCUCCUCCCACCAUGAUGAAUGCAAAUAUUGGAGGGCCCACUCCUGACACAACCUACCAAGGCAAAGUGACCUAUACCUGUGUUAGUGGGUAUUGGAUCUCCAAUGGAGACACCACAGCAAUGGCUAGCUGUAUGGCUAAUAAGACCUGGGGACCUCUACCAACUUGUUCACUUGUGGAUUGUGGUUCUCCUCUCAAUAUAUCUAUUCUCAAUGGCUCACCUGGAGCACCAUCCAGAACAACCUACCAAGGGACAGUAAUCUACACCUGUGAUAGUGGGUAUGAGGUCUCCACUGGAGUCACCACAGCAAUGGCUACCUGUACGGCUAGUGGGACGUGGGGACCUCUACCAAUUUGUCAACCUGUGGAUUGUGGCUCCUCUCCCUCCAUUGGCAAUGGAUCUCCUGGCAUAUCCACUCCUGGCACAACUCUCGGAGGGAAGGUGACCUACACCUGUGUCAGUGGGUAUGAGGUCUCCACUGGAGUCACCACAGCAAUGGCUACCUGUACGGCUAGUGGGACGUGGGGACCUAUACCAAUUUGUCAACGUGUCUCGUGUGGUGUCCCUCCCUCUGGCAACAAUGCAUCUCCUGGAAAACCAACCAGCACAGUGUACCAAGGAGCAGUGACCUACACCUGUGUCAGUGGAUAUUGGAUCUCUCAAGGAUCCUUCUCGAAAUUUGCUACCUGUAUGGCUGGCAGGACCUGGGGGCCUCUACCAACUUGUUCACUUGUGGAUUGUGGCUCCCCACCCACCAUUGGCAAUGCAUCUCCUGGAACACAAACUAGAACAACCUACCAAGGGACAGUGACCUACACCUGUGAUACUGGGUAUGAGGUAUCCAAUGGAGUCACCACAGCAAUGGCUACCUGUAUGGCUAGUGGGGCCUGGGGACCUCUACCAACUUGUCAACGUGUCACAUGUGGUGACCCUCCGGACACUGGUCUCAAUGCCUCUCCUGGGACACCAACCCCUGACACAACCUACCAGUACCAAGAGACAGUGACCUACACCUGUGACACUGGAUAUCAGAUCUCCAAUGAAGCCCUCACAGCAAUGGCUACCUGUAUGGCUAACAGGACCUGGGGACCUCUACCAACUUGUCAACUUGUGGAUUGUGGCUCUCCUCCCCCUGGUAUAAAUGCAUAUCCUAGAACACUAACCAGCACAACCUAUCGAGGGACAGUCCUCUACACCUGUGACACUGGGUAUGAGAUCUCUAAUGGAGUCACCACAGCAAUGGCUACCUGUGUGGCUAGUGGAAUGUGGGAAACUGUACCAACUUGUACAAUUGUGGACUGUGGUGAUCCUCCCACCAUUCCCAAUGGAUCACCCGGGACACCCACCAGGACAGCAUUUGGAGGAACAGUGUCUUACACAUGCAACAAUAGAUAUCACAUGAUGUCAGGAUCAGCCACUGUGACUUGUGAGGCUAGUGGGAGUUGGAGCACAAGACCAACUUGCUCAGCCAUCUGCAAUGACCAUCAAAUUGAAAAUGGUGACAUCGAUUAUGAUCCUGAUACCACACCGAGAACAGAGGGAAACAUUGCCUUGUACUCAUGUGUGUCUGGUUACCACCUGUCUGGUUUGAGCAUUAGGGUCUGUAUGGACGGUCGUAAUGGAAUGGAGGGUGUGUGGACUGGAUCCAUGCCAAGCUGUAUAGGUAUCACAUGCUCUGCUCUCCCUAAUGUUACGAAUGGGACCAUUGAUUACUCUAGUGGUACUACUGCGCCAUAUAACUAUGGAACAAUGGCUACUCAUCAAUGCAACCAUGGACAUACCUUAACAACUGGAGACAGAGUGGGGACUUGUACUGGUGAUGGUAGCACUCCUGAUGGUCAUUGGAAUGGUACUGCUCCUCAAUGUCCACCUGUGGACUGUGGGACUCCUCCAUCUAUUACCAAUGGAUCUCCUGGGAUACCAACAACCACAACAUUCACAGGGACAGUGGUCUACAGCUGUAAUAAUGGCUAUGCACUCUUUGGGAAUGCUACAAGUACUUGUCAGGCAAAUGCAACCUGGAGCAAAUCACCAGAAUGCAGAGGUAUAUUUAUUAGUGUUAUUCAAUCUGAUGCCCCCAUCUUAAUUGGAGGUUCCGUUACCAUCACCUGCACCACUGACUCUCCUGCUGACUCAAUAAUGUUGUUCCAAGAUAACGAACCUCUUCAUGACACUAUUAAUAAUCAAACCGCCUUGACUUACAACAUCUCUCUUGUGACUGACAGCAUUCAUGGAAACAUUUUCAAAUGUGAGGCCAAGUUGACGGAAAGAACCUACUUUUCAGACAUUGCCUUUGGUAUGGUUACCAUUUCCGUUGAGGUUCCCCAACAACCUAUUACGUCUAUUAUUAGAACAUCUAUCCCUUCAACUCCACAAGUUGGAGAGCCGUACAGUCAAAUUUGUACUGUGUCUAAGUUGCCUGGACUAACUCGCACACCAACUGCUCAGUGGAUGAAGGUUGCUUUGGGGACUAAAAGAAUUGGCAUGCCCGCUCCUAAUCAAGCUGUUCUCACAUUCUCUCCACUGAGAACCUCAGAUGCUGGCAUAUAUCGUUGUCAGGGAAACCUCAAUACUACUGUUCAACCUGAACUCCUUUUGGACAGCAGCGAUUUCGCUAUAAUUGCUCAAAUGCCAGCACCAACAGUGACAAUCUCAAGGUUUCCCUCUGAUUCAGCCUUGUUUGCUAACCUCAGUGUGGUAACAUUUACAUGUCAAGUGUCCAUACAUACAAACAUUGAUACUUCCGUCACUUUGAGCUUGACUUGGACUCGUGAGGUUUAUAGUGAUGAAGAUGAUACAACCACUAAAGUGAUCAUGGUGAAUAGUACAACCAAAAAAAUUGAGAGGAGAUGGACCUUUAAUGAUUUAACUUCAAAGGACCAGAGAGUGACUUGCAAUGGAGAAUUAAGUUCAGCUAACAGUUUUAUUCAAGGCAAUAGCAGUAUGGCUGUAGACACAUUGUCUGUUGCUGGAGUGUUUCUCAUCAACGACAUUGCACUUAACGACAACAUGACCUCUGUACCAUCGAGGGAUGUACAUGUCAUACAGUGUCACUCUGACAAGUCAGAUACCUUCGAUGAAGACCAACAUGGAUGGACUUUCCCUAAUGGCAGUAAAGUUAUGGCAACAGAUGCACUGGCUGUUGCAACACGGGAGGGAGGACACCUGGCACUCACUCGAGUGGGGAACAGUUCCCUGCCAGCUGGAGAGUAUUGUUGCAAAGCUCAGGACGCCAGGGGAACCAACCACACCCUCUGUGUGCAUGUGGAGCCAGAACCAAGUGCCAGUGGUAUGGUUGGAGGGAUAGUUGCUGCGAUUGUAAGUUUGGUGAUUGCUCUACUGAUCAUUGGAGCAGUUAUUGUCAUUGUUGUCAGAGCUCAUAGAUCUAGAAAGCACACUUUCUCUGGCCUUGCAUUUGGUGGAGGGAGAGUCAAGCGUAAAUCUCUCUUCACUGUGAAAGUUGACCCCCUGACCCCAUUGGACAUACCCCUGGAUGAUCACAUUGACACCUUGACCCCUGAUGCAAAUAUGUAUGUGGGUGUGACCACCUUCAGUAAGGAACCGGAUAAAAAGAUUGAAAGAAAUCAGCAAGGAUCUGUACUUGGUACAAGCAGUUCAUUUUACACCACUGACUUCCCUGCUCAUGUAGACACAAUGCACGAGGACACAGACAAGCUCUUCGAGACUGAGUACACGUCCAUCAGCAAAGAGCCCCACUCUCCCAACAACGAGUCAAAACUGCCUCACAAUACAACCAAGAACAGAUUCGGAAACGUCUUCCCUUAUGAUUUCAACCGUGUUAAGUUGAAGCCUGUGAAGGACAUCAGAGGAUCAGACUACAUCAAUGCCAGCUACGUCAAUGGCUAUAUGACCAACACCAAGUACAUUGCUGCUCAAGGUCCUCUGCCCAAUACACUGGAAGAUUUCUGGAAGAUGAUUAUGGAGAACAAACUGAGAACAAUUGUCAUGCUCACCAAAUGUUUUGAGGAGAGGAAAAAGUGUGAGUGUUACUGGCCCCUGAAGGACAACCAACCUCUUGAGAUGGGCUGUGGUAUCGUGGUCUCUCUGACCAGUAUGGUGGCCUUCCCCGACUUCACUGUCAGGAGAAUGAAAGUCAAUCAACCCACCCUCGGCUCGUCCCCUGUGUUUGAGGUGACCCUGUUCCACUACACCUCCUGGCCAGACCACGGUGUCCCCUCCAGUGGCAUGUCCCUCAUCUACUUCACUCGUGCUGUUCGUAAGACACACUCCCAGGAUGAUCCCCGCCCACUCCUCGUACACUGCAGCGCUGGUGUCGGACGAACUGGAACGUUCAUUGUCUUGGAUACGAUGUUGGAUCGUAUGGAGCAGGACGGGAUGAUACAUAUCUACGAUUGUGUUACUCAUAUUCGGAAACAGAGGGUGCUCCUCGUACAAACUCUGUCCCAGUACAUCUUCCUGCAUGAUGCCCUCAAGGAGCUCAUAGUGUGUGGGGAGACAGAGAUACCAGCACAUGUUCUCAUGACAACCGUCAACCAGCUCAAAGAACCAGCUGCCACUGAUGAGGAGAUAGACAUGGCUCAGUCUUGGGUAGAGGAGGACACACCCACUGGCUUCCAGCGACAGUUUGAAAUUUUGAGUGAGUGUUCUGUGCCUGACGGGACAGAAGACUACUACAGCUCUCAGAAUGAGGAGAAUGAAGACAAGAACAGAUACUCUCAGAUUCUGCCAAAUGAGAUGCAUCGAGUCAAGCUUCGAUUCUCACCUUCUGGUUCUAACUACAUCAAUGCCAGCUACAUUCAUGGCUACCAACAGAGGCGAGGGUACAUAGCCACUCAAGGUCCCCUGGAGCACACCACUGGAGACUUGUGGAGGAUGGUGGUGGAGAAUGAGUGCAGCUGUAUCGUCAUGCUCUGUACCCUCAGGGAGGGGGAGGAGAAGGUGUGCCAUCGCUACUGGCCCAAGUUCCAAGGAGAGGCAGGAACUUAUGGUGACUUCACUGUCACUCAGCAGACAUUCGACGCUUACGGUGACUACGUUGUCAGGAAGCUAUCUGUUGCCAUGGCAGCCUCCGAUGAUAUCCCCUCCGAAGUGACACAGUUUCACUUCACCCGCUGGACCGAGAAGGACCCCCCACAGACCCCUGUCGCUAUACUAGACGUUGUGCAGGAAGUGAAUGCUGUUCAGAUGGCCUCAGGCAAUAAACCCAUUGUCGUCAUGUGCAACAAUGGGAUUGGUCGCACUGGAGUGUUCAUCACCCUGCAUGCUCAACUGGAGCGACUCAAGAUUGAGGGUGUGGUCGAUCUGUUCCAGUUCAUCAAGUUUGCUCGCAAACAGAGGGAGGGGCUCGUUAGCAGUCCUGAGAUGUAUGCUUUCUGUCACAAGGCACUGGCUGACUAUGUGGACAGUUUUGAAACUUAUGCCAACUUCAAAGAACUGGUUUAAUUAUAACAGUAACUUCACAAAAACAUUUGAUUUUAGAUUUUACUGCUGCUUUUAUAGUUUUUAGAUUAUUGUACAGACUCAGAUUAUACCAAUAGCAAAACUGUGAAUGUGUUUACCACUGACUUUUAUGAUACUGAAUUAUUGCA